GGCAUUGUUUGUACUAUAUUAAAAGUUUUUUUUUCAUUGUCAUAAAUUUAAAGGAAUUAAUACAAAUAUGUGUGAAUCCGAUGAUGAAUGUUUUGAGAAACAUUUAAAAUUUGCUUUAAUUGGAAAUCAAGGCACAGGAAAAUCAUCAUUAGUAAUGAAGUACAGAAGUGGAAGUUUCACUCGUCAGUACCAUCCGACUGCUGGUAUUGACUUCUCCACGAAGAAAAUAGUUUUGCCCGGAGGUGUGAACGUCACCGUUCACUUGUGGGACGUCGGAGGAAGUGCGUUGCAUGGGAACAUGUUGGACAAGUAUUUGUACGGGGUUGAUGUUAUACUUUUGGUAUAUGACAUUACAAACUGUGGGAGCUUCGCAGAUUUGGAACAGUGGUUGGACGCAACACAAAAGGCAGUCGAGUCGGCGGAAAAGAAACCUAGAAUAUGUUUGAUUGCAAAUAAAUGUGACUUAGAGCACCAGCGAGCGGUCCGAAGUGACAGACACCAGAAAUUUGCACUGGAGCACGGCUUGUCGACGUACCAGGUGUCAGCACGGACCGGGGAAAUGGUAGCCCUGUGCAUCCAGAAAAUGGUGGCGGAGGCGCUGGGGCUGAGGCUGACCCGAGCGGAGCAAGAAGAGCAACAGCCGGUGAUCGAGGCGGAGAUAUCCCGCGCCGAGCCGGGCGUGGCGAGCGGAGCUGCCCGGCCGGUGGCCAGCUCGUCCUCCAUCUGCUGUCUGCAGUGAAGCUCCGUGAGCUCCGCGAGUGUCGUGGAGGGUGCUGCUCGCGAACUGCGAAAAGUUUCAUCAAUGUGUCUCGUGUCCUAUAAUUUGAGGGAAUAAAGAUGAAUGUGUGCACGCAAUAUAAAAGCACGGAAAAGCAACCAAUGUGUACGUUAUUUUGUUGUGUGUCCGAAGCUAGCCAGCUCAAGGGCAUAUCGAGCUCGAAAACAAGAGGUGGAGGGGGCUAAUU